CAAGCUUGUAGUGGCCUAGAGGAUCCAAGAGCAAAGCCUUCAUCCAGAUAUGCUGGGGCAUCAGGAUACUCCUCUGGAGGUGUUACGGCAGGGCAGGAGGUGUUUGCAAUGUGGCCAACUGUUGAAUGAGUCUCAAGAACCUGGUUCUCUACCAGGAUGUCGGUGUUACGUCCCACUCACAGAGUCUGUUGUUAAUAUGGGCGAGAAGGGCAAUAAGAGAUUAGUUAAACCCCAGUGGAUGGAUGGACGUUUGGGAGAUAUUGAUUUUACUGGCGUCAGUCGGACCAAGGGCAAGUUUAUCAGGGUAACCAGCUCUACAGAUCCAGAUGAAAUCUACCAGAUGUUGACUAAGCAGUGGGGUCUGGCCCCUCCUCAUCUGGUGGUGGCACUAAUGGGAGGAGAUGAAGUGGCUCAGAUGAAGCCCUGGCUGAGGGACACACUUAGGAAAGGCCUUGUGAAGGCAGCACAGAGCACAGGGGCGUGGAUCCUGACCAGUGGUUUACGUUUUGGCAUCACUAAGAACCUGGGUCAGGCUGUAAGGGACCACUCUCUAGCGAGCACUUCCAACAAGGUGCGAGUGGUGGCCAUUGGAAUUGCUCCCUGGAACAUGAUUCAGAACAGAGAUCUGCUACUGUCUGCAAAGCCUGAUCAUCCAGCAACAUACCCAUCUGAGGAUCUUCCCCACGGUGCAGUGUACUCCUUAGACUGCAACCAUUCUCAUUUCAUCCUGGUGGACGAGGACCCCCAGAGACCUGGAGCCACCGCUGAGAUGAGAGUCAAGAUGCUCAAACACAUCUCUCUGCAGCGUACAGGAUAUGGGGGCACAGGUAGUAUAGAAAUCCCUGUCUUAUGUCUUCUUGUUCAUGGAGAGCCAAGGAUAUUACAGAGAAUGUACAAGAAUAUUCAGAAUUCAAUACCCUGGCUCAUUUUAGCUGGCUCGGGAGGAGUCGCAGAUAUUUUAGUGACCCUGAUGGACAAAGGAUGCUGGGACGCUGAUAUGGUCCAAGAGCUGCUGAUAAACACCUUCACCAAUGGCCUACACAGCACUGAAAUCCCUUCCUGGAUCAAACUGAUCCAAAGAAUAUUGGACCAUGGUCACCUGCUGACCGUUCAUGACACAGAGCAGGACCCAGAAAUGGACACAGUAGUUCUCAAAGCGCUGGUUAAGGCUUGUAAGAGUCAAAGUCAGGAAGCACAGGACUUCCUGGAUGAGCUGAAACUGGCUGUGGCCUGGAAUAGGGUGGACAUUGCUAAAAGUGAGAUCUUCAGUGGAGACAUAGCAUGGAGUGCUCAGGACCUGGAGGAGGUGAUGAUGGAGGCAUUGAUAAAUGACAAGCCGGACUUUGUGCGUUUGUUUGUGGACAACGGCGUGAACAUAAAUGAAUUCCUAACUUACGGCCGCCUUCAGGAACUCUACUGCUCUGUGUCGGAGAAAAACCUCCUUCACACCCUGCUCCUGAAAAAGCAUCAGGUUUAUUUGGCUAGCAAUCGGAUGUCAGGACACCCUCACACUGAACCAGGCGACCGCAGGCCUCGUUUCACCUUUCAUGAUGUCUCCAAAGUCCUCAAAGACUUUCUUGAUGACACCUGUAGGGGUUUCUACCAAAAACUUCCAGCGGAGAGGAUGGGGAAAGGCCGGCUUUUCCAUAGCCACAAAAACCUACCAGACAUGGACCAGCGUUGUGAGCACCCUUGGAGAGACCUCUUCCUUUGGGCUAUCCUGCAAAAUAGGCAGGAAAUGGCAAACUACUUCUGGGCCAUGGGCUCCGAGGCCGUGGCAGCUGCUCUGGUGGGCUGUAAGAUCAUGAAGGAGAUGGCUCAUCUGGCUACUGAAGCUGCGACUGCUCGUAGUAUGAAGAAUGCAAAAUAUGAGCAAUUUGCUAUGGAUCUGUUCAGUGAGUGUUAUUCAAACAGUGAAGACCGAGCCUAUUCGCUCCUGGUGAGGAAAACAUGCUGCUGGAGCAAAGCAACUGUCCUGAAUCUCGCCACUUUGGCAGAUGCUAAAUGCUUUUUUGCUCAUGAUGGUGUCCAGGCCCUGCUGACCAAAGUCUGGUGGGGAGCCAUGAGGACAGACACUUCCAUCGCUAGACUCGUGCUCACCUUCUUCAUCCCUCCCCUCAUUUGGACCAGCCUCAUCAAGUUCAAUGCAGAGGAACACGUGAAGAAAGGUGAAGGGGAGCCGUUUGAUGAGCUAGACAGUUUGGAAACAGAGCAGGCCCUGUUACUAACAGAGGAGGAACCAGUUGCUGCUGAAGGUGGCAGUGACUCUUGCCGUGCGAGUUGGAUUUACAUGGUGCUGCAGAAGUGGAAUCGUUUCUGGAGCGCUCCAGUUACUGUGUUCUUGGGGAAUGUCAUCAUGUACUUUGCCUUCCUCAUUCUGUUCUGUUACGUGCUCCUUCUGGACUUCCGGCCACCCCCACCGCAUGGCCCGUCUGCAGCUGAAAUCAUCCUCUACUUCUGGGUCUUUACCUUGGUGCUGGAGGAAAUCCGACAGAGUUUCUUCACGGAUGAGGACAUGAGUAUUUUCAAGAAGAUGAAGCUAUACGUGGAGGAUAACUGGAACAAAUGUGACAUGGUGGCCAUCUGCCUCUUCGUGGUGGGACUGUCAUGCAGGAUGGCCUCAAGCACGUAUGAGGCCGGCCGCACUGUUUUUGCUUUGGAUUUCAUGGUUUUCACCUUAAGACUCAUUCACAUUUUUGCCAUUCAUAAGCAGCUUGGGCCCAAAAUCAUCAUUGUGGAGAGAAUGAUCAAAGACGUGUUCUUCUUCUUGUUCUUCCUGACCGUGUGGCUGAUCGCGUAUGGAGUGACGACUCAAGCCCUCCUGCACCCCAAUGACCCGCGCAUCGACUGGGUCUUCCGCAGGGCGCUGUACCGCCCAUACCUCCACAUAUUCGGACAGAUUCCUCUGGAGGAAAUAGAUGCGGCAAAAAUGCCAGAUGAUAACUGCACAAACGAUGUAGAGGAGAUCGUCUCAGGUGUUCUGCCUCCCUGCCCAAACAUCUACGCCAACUGGCUGGUCAUUCUGCUGCUCGUCAUCUAUCUGCUGGUCACAAAUGUGCUGCUGCUCAACCUUCUCAUUGCCAUGUUCAGCUACACCUUCCAGGUGGUGCAGGAGAAUGCAGACAUCUUCUGGAAGUUCCAGCGCUAUAACCUGAUUGUGGAAUACCACAGCCGUCCGGCGUUAGCUCCGCCCUUCAUCAUCAUCAGCCACAUCUCUCAAGCUCUCCUCAGCCUCGUCAAAACUACAGAAAGCAAUCAGGAUCUGCUGGAGAGGGAACUACCAGCUGGACUGGACCAGAAGCUGAUGACAUGGGAGACGGUGCAGAAGGAGAACUACCUGGCUGAACUGGAGCAUGAGCACAGGGAGAGCAGUGCAGAGAGACUCCGAUACACGUCCUCUAAGGUACAGAGUUUGCUGAGGAUGGUUGGGGGUUUUAAGGAGCAAGAAAAGCGCAUGGCGACAGUGGAGACUGAGGUGAGGUACUGUGGAGAGGUGCUGUCUUGGAUUGCAGAGUGUUUCCACAAAAGUACUCUGAAGUGUGACAGGGACGCUCCUAAAGCCCCACGUUCCAUUGCUAUCAGCUCCAGAAAUCCGCCACCGCAGGAAGCCAAGCGAGAGCAGCCAUCGAGACAUUCAGGAAAUGGUGUCGACAAGAAACUGCCCUACAUCGAUCAGUGAUCUGCCCACGUUAUUAUGCAUUUGUUUCAUUUAACUAGAUAACUAGUGAGACGGUUGUGGCUGUAUUUGUUUAAUGAAAAAAAAGUCAAAAAGGCAAUAUUGCGAAAUAUUGCAACAAGUUAAAAUAACAGUUUUCUGUUUGAAUAUAUUCCCAAAUGUAAUUUAUUUCAAAGCUGAGAUUUCAGCAGCCCUUACUCCAGUUUUCACUGUAACACAACUCUUCAGAAACAUUUCUUAUUAUUAUCAUCUCAGUUAAAAACAGUGUCACAGUGCACACUUGACAGUUUCACACAGGAACACACUGAUUAUUCAUGAUCAAGAAUGACCAAUACCGUAAUGAAUCAGGAACCAAUUGACUUGGCAAAUUUACCCAACGUGCACAAGGGACCUCAAAAUCAGCCUUGAGGGAAAACAAGGAUUUAGCGAAAGUCUGUUUUCAGUAAGAUGACCAGAACUAAAUGAGGACACAUUCACUCUGUACGAACCUACAGUGUUUGCUCCUUAAGACAGAAGCCAACCGGCUCUAGAUGUAAUGAAACUGAAAAGCAUCAUAGUCGCUUCUGCACUGUGAUGGAUAGGCUAGGUAUGUAUUAAACUUCAGGUUACACUUGAUUUUAAAGUGUCCUUGUUACAGUGUAACUAAACAUUUAAGUAAUGUGUAGUUUUAAUGAACUACAUGUACUUACUAUAGGGUUAGGGAUAGAAUAAUGGUCUGGCUUAGCAUAAUUAUUGUAGUAAUUGUUAUUAUAAUAGUCAGUACAUGUGUAACAAGGACACCUUGAAAUAAAGGGUUACCAAAUUUCAUUUGUUCCUUUAUUAUGGCGUUGUGCUUAAGGAACAAUGUUUUCUGUUCCAAAUGUUUGUGAUGAAUUUAUUUAUGUGUGCUGCAAAAUCAAUGAUACCAUACAUGAUUUCUUACUCAUCUUUGUAAUAUUUAUGUUGUGUGAUGCAACAAUGAAUGAGAAUGAAGAAUAAAAAGUUCAGUAGAAAACUGUUCAAGCU